GGAGAAAGAAAUAAACUUUAAAAAAAAGGGAAAAUAAAAAUGUCAGCAAACAACAAGCUAUAUAUCUCUCUGAUCAAAGCCGCCUCAGAUAAGAGUCAGUAUAGAGGUUUUCAGCUUUCAUUUCUCUCUCUCUUUCUCACUCUCAGAUUCAGUCCUCUAUCAAGUCUCUCAAAAACCUGCUACAAACCUAUAUACACUACAUAUACACACAUAUAUAUAUAUACUGUAUUUAGAUAAAGACUUUGAGAAAAUACCAAAAACCGUGUCUCUUUUAUCUAUUUAAAAAAAACAUACACACGAAUACACACAGUCACACAGUACUGACUCACCUUUAUAUCUCUCUCUCUCUCUCUUUCAGAAAUUAUUGGAGCUAUAGCUAGUUGAGUGAGCUGAGGGGAGAAGGGAGCUAUAGGGUAUAUAUGGGCAUCUUGCCAUUAUAGAUAUCAACCAAAAUAUAUGUGCUAAAAAGCAAAUCACAAACACCUAAAGCUCUUACAUCAACAACAACAAUAUGGAGUAGUAGUAGUAGAAGUUAGUACUAAAAUAAAAGGAAAAGAAAAAAAUCUCACAACAGAGUACUAGUAUGGAGAACAGUACUUCUUAACUAGUACUAGUACAACACACUUGUUACUAGGGUUUUUGAAUUCCAACAUCUCUGAGUUCCAAAAACUGUCACAAGUUUACAGAUCAAAGAUUUGUGGGAUCAUUUUUUGAUAAAAGUAGAAAAGGAAAGAAAAGGGCAAUGUUGGACUAUGAAUGGGGGAACCCAUCAACGAUUAUGUUCACCGGCGAUGAAACGACUCCAGACGUUGACCAGAAUCACCACCACCGGCAGCUGUUUGACCCUUACGCCACCCAAGCAUUCAGUGAUGCCGCCACCACGGCUCUUCUCAGCAACCCUAAUCCUCAUCAUCAUCAGUACGCCGCCGCCCACAACCACCACCACCAGCACAGCCACCUCUCUUUUCUUCAGCCGGAACACCCCGGAAACGCCGGCCAUUUGAGCUCGCUCUACGACCCACGCGCAACUUACGGCGGCGCGUCACCCUACACACACCACCCAGCUCAGGCUUCGUUGCUCUCCCUCGCGCCCGGCGGCCCAGCCGGGUACAUGGUGGUCCCCAAGAGCGAGCCGAUCGUGGACUUCAACACCACCGCCGCCGGCCGGAUUGGGCUGAACCUGGGCGGGAGGACGUAUUUCUCGUCGUCGGAGGACGAUUUCGUCAGCCGGCUCUACCGCCGUUCACGGCUGAUCGAGCCGGGUUCCAUCAACGCGCCGAGAUGCCAAGCCGAAGGCUGCAGCGCCGACCUCACAAACGCCAAACACUACCACCGGCGGCACAAAGUCUGUGAGUUCCACUCCAAAGCCGCCACUGUCAUUGCUUCCGGGUUGACUCAGCGAUUCUGCCAACAGUGCAGCAGGUUAUCAUUCAAAAUGACCCUUUUCACCCUACAACAUUUUUCUUUCCCAUCAAUAAUUUUUUGGUAAAGGAAUCGUCGUUAAGCUGGGGAGGAAGAAGGUUGGGUUUUUGAAUGACGAGAGUGCCCUCGGGAAAUGGCGCUGUUGCACUCUGGUUGGAUCACCAAUGGGGGGAUGGUGAUCCCGAGGGUAUAUGUGUCCGUAAAUUUUAUGUUUCCUCUUUUAAGUUUGCACUCUGGUUUACGAAUUUCUUGUACGUACGAUUUGCCCAUUUUGCCUGAUUUGGGAACUGCUACUUUUUCCAUUUCUGUUAAUCUCAUGAUGGCCAGUAAUAAUGGUGUACUUAGAAACCCCUUUUAAACAAAACGCAAAAAUAAAACAAAAAAAGACAAAAACCUAUUUUUUCCUUAAAAUUCGAUUAGUUGCAUGAAAUAUUAUUAAUGUUUGUAACAAAAAUGUGCGUCCACAGAUUCCAUCUCUUGUCGGAAUUUGAUAACGGCAAAAGGAGUUGCCGGAAAAGACUUGCUGAUCACAACCGUAGGAGGCGGAAAUCUCAGCAGAUGCAGCAACAACAACAACAACAUCAGAAUAGUUCUAGCCAGGAACAAUGCAACAAGCCACAACUUAAUCACGACAAUUCAAGUACGAUUUUUUAAACUAUAGAAGUCUUAAUUUUGUGUUCAUCUUGUGAUUUUUAUUCAAGAAGGAAAUGGAUUUUUUGAAGGGUCUCCACCAGAUUCUUCAUCAGGAGCUCAUUCAUCAUCAUCGGUGACCAUAGCAAUUUCACCACCAAGAAUUCCGAUGGAUUGUUUCAGGGAAAGCCGACCUUCAUCAUCAUAUCAAGGAGGAGGGGCCACGAAUUCAUCGGCAUCAACAAGCUCGCUAUUUUUCUCUGACGGAUUAUGACUUGGAUUGAUCAGAAUUUGCUAUUUUCUACAAACUUUGAGGUCAUCAAGUACGUUACGUACUACUACAUAAGUCUAUAAUCAAAAUAUAGCUAGUGGAAAUAACUUAGGGGAAGAUGAUCGUGCUCAUGGAUGAUAGGCGAAAUUUAUCCACCAUGCAACUAUAGGUCUUCUUCUGCUAAAAUUAAUUAAUUUAAUUAAUGAUGUUAUUGCUGCUUUUUUUAGUUUUUUUGAGUGUUGAGAAGGGUUGCGUAACAAGCUAGAAAAAAUUUGUAUCAGAAUUUACUGAUAGCUACUAUUAUCAUAUGUGUAACAACAUUUUUAAUUCAUCAAUCUAUCUCAUCAUUUGAUGUUCUUAAUAACCUCUUAAUCUCCCCAAAUUUCUCUACUUUUGGAAACUCUAAUUCAGUAUCUCCAUUUUUUUAGAUAUGGCAAUCCGUCUGUGUUUCGUGUUCUCACUUCUGAAUGUUUUUCGUGUUCUCACUUCUGAAUGUUAACACUUAAUUUUGUUUGUGCUUGUGUUGAUUUGGAUUAUUAAUGUUGUUUUCUUGUGUCUUGCUGGCGGUAACCGCUUAUUGUUAGACAAAAUGAAAUGUUAAUUUGUGCUGGUUGCAGUAGUGAUGAUAGGUUAAUAUUAGUAUUUUCGUGUCGUGUCAUAUAUUGUCAUCCUGUUGGCGAUUACUGCAUAUUAUUAGACAAAAUAUGAUGUUAAUUUGUGCUGGUUCCGAUGAUGAUAGAUUAAUGUUAGUAUUUUCAUGUCGUGUUAUAUAUUGUCAUCCUGCUGGCAAUUACUGCUUAUUAUUAGAUAAAAGGUGAUGAUACAAACACCGAAUCUGUGUGAUUAAUUAGGCAUGCAUGUUCAUUAAAGGGGUGAUUUGGAGACUAGGGAAGUGAUUAGUGUGCUCAAAUUAGGACAUGUGACAACAUAAUUAUCAUCAUGUUUGGUUGGGGGGCGGGGGUGGGUGUGUUUCCUAAUUACACAAAAUAACAAAAUGAUUGGGGCAAUUAGUUCCGGUAGCUUAAAUUGGAAAUGGGGCUGGUUGUGGCAGAGACUAUCAUGCAGAUCAAUUACCAUUUCUAGGGCGUUGCAUUAUUUUCUUUUGUCUGGUGCCUUCUACGGAUUAUUAUUCCCCACACGUAAAAAGGACAGUAAAUUUAAUUAAAAGGGUAAGUAAUGAAGAAUUGACCGUGCAGUAACACAACACAGUAAUAACAAAUACAGUACUGGAUUUCCUUUCCUUUUCCUUUGCAUUCCAUUCCUUUGGUCAUGGUAUGUAAACUAUGUAGUAUAUAUGAGAAGAAGAGGUCAAUAAGAAAGCUGUCUCCUGCAUGGGAGCUAUUUUUGAUGAACAAAAAGUGGGUCCAACCCAAUGAGCACAGACUAUGAAUGAUCAGAUCCAUUUUUAACAUGAUGAGUUCCUUCUUCUUCCUUUUUUAUUUUGUUUUUCUUUUUCAUUUUUUUGGGAUUUUUUUUUUUUUGGAGGGGGGAUUUUAUUCUUUUUACUGAAAAAGCAAUAUCGAAAUCAUGUGAUUAAGGACGUGGGUUUUGACAGAGAUGUUGUAGCGGACCCGGUCCCCUUUCAAGGACCUGCCUGACUGAUGACUGAGUAACUCUGGUGUGUGUGUGUGUGUGUGUGAGAGAGAGAGAGAGAAGAAGAAGGAAGAGAAGAAGAUGAUGAUGAUGAUGGCAAAUGGCAAAUGCCAGCACAAUGCCAUUAAUAUCACUUUCAGAGCUUCUCUUUUUAGAGAGUCUAGUUUUGUCGAGGGUAAAUGCCAGUAGUUUCAGUCUUUUAGAGGGGGGGGUGUGGGGGCAAAUCUGCAUCAUAUCUCUCAUCCUAAAUUUAUGUUGUUGGUUUACUUCUUGGCUCUUUUCUAUGUAACCUCUUUACAUACAUUGUAACAUGGGUGUCUUGUCCAGG